CUCGGGGAAUUGGGUAAGUCGAUUAUAUCGACCCCAGUGCUCAGCUGGUAUUUAUUUUAUCGAACCGAAAGGAUGAAUGGCAAAGUCUACCUGGGUGGGAUCUUGAACUCAGAACAUAAAAAUGAACGAAAUGCCGCCAAGCGUUUUGCCCAGCUUGCUAGCGAUUCAUAUCAUAUUACCAUGUGAUUUGACUUGUAUGCAUUACGUCAGUUUUGAUCGACCUAACCUCCAAUUGAGGGCUCGUUUGUUGGCCACAGCUGUUUUGUCAUCUUGCAGAUAUUGUCUAUACUUCAAUAGAAAUUUUACUAGCUAUGUAUGAUCAAAUAAUCUAAUGUUCAGCAACAUCAGAGAAAUGAUACUUCUCAGUUAGGUGACAGACUUUAUGUACGAUUGACAGCUGCUCCAUUUCCUAGGCGUGAUAAGUGGGAAGGACAAAAAAGGUACAUAAAAUAUUGAAGUAAUAUCUGAUGUGUACCUAAGAUCUGAGUUAGGAAUUCACGGUUCAAGAUUUAUGGAGUUUUGAUGGUUUGUUGCUUGCGAUGAGUAAGUUGUUUAGAGUUGCUCAUUGGGACUAGAACUAGUUUGCUGUGUUUCAGACUGUUGUACAGAAAUUAACUCUUCUGACGACAACAAUUGUGCAAUUCAGUGGCCUUUGGCAACGAUGACAAGGUAUUCAAUAAAUUGAUAUAAAAUAAGGUAUACCUUGAAUUCCUAUGUUUCUGAAUUCCCCCUACUGUUGUAAUAUACCUGCAAAAUGGUAUAUGAACAAGCUUACCUGGAUCAAGACCAUGGCUCUCAAGCAAUGACUGUGCUUUGUGAAUUAUGGAAAAAACAAACUCUCUGUGAUGCUACUGUUCAAGCUGGAUCAUAUAAGAUUAAAGUUCACAAGACUGUGCUAAUGGUGGCUAGUCCAACGUUGUUGGCAUUGUGUCAGAAUGGACCUUGUGAAGGACAUCUUCAAGUUCAAUUACCAAUUAAUCUCCGUGGCGUGGAUGCUCUUCACUGUUUUAUAAUGUAUCUUUAUGAAGGACUCCUAAAUUUAAAUGAAGAGAGUGUAAUGGAGGUGCUUAAUAUAGCAUCUUAUCUUCAAGUAGAAACUGUAGUAAAAUUUUGUCUCUCUUUCUUGGACUCUGCAAAAGAACAAAACGUUGUACUUAAAGCUGCUCUCUCCUCUCCAUAUGACACCUGUUUGUAUAAAGUACUUAAUGAAUCAUUAUCCAAAUCAUCAGAAUCAACCACUAAUAAAAAUAGUAAUUGGGUUUACCAACCUGAAAGUACCAAUAUCAAAACUAAAAUCAUCCAUAAACCUCUCAGUUUGUCCUCAUCAGAAACGAGCAUUGUUAUUUCCGAACGGAAAGAUAAAAGCUUCUAUGUUGAAAAUUUAAAUUUCAAGGGCAACUCACUUUCCUCUUCUCAGGCUGGAGAAAGUUCUUCAUCUAAGAAUAUUUCUGAAGCUUCUAACGAAGCCGUCCAAAUACAGUAUAAUAUAAUCGAUGAUGAAAUCAAACCAAAUAUAGCACCCCAGAAUUCUUCAACUUCUGAAAACUUUGUAGUACAAGAAAUAUCAGAAACAUACUCAUUUUCACAAAAUAACAAUCAUUCUUCUCCCUCGUCUGAUUCUCAUUUAUUAAAAUUAAAAGAAACCAAUGAUAAAAUUGACUCAAAAUUGCAUCAUAGCAGCAGUCCUAUUGAGGUGGAAUUAGAGAGUAGUUCAUCUCCAACUGUCUAUGAAAUUGAAGAAUGUGAUUCUCAGGAAAAGAUGGUUAUUGGACAAAUCGGUGCCACUGCCUCCAGUGAUAAAGUGGAAUUCAUCUGUACAAUCUGCCAUACCUCAUUCCUAUUUGCCGAAAUCGUUGUGUCACAUUUGAGAAAUGUGCACAACGUUCUCUUAGAUGAUAUUCCAGAAUUUGUUGUAGUUGGUAGUCACUCCAGUGGUGAGAAUAUUGCCAAUAGCAACUCUUGUAUAGAAUGUGGUUUCAGUUCUCAGAAUCCUGAUUAUUUACCUUUUCAUCGGUAUUUUCAGCAUGCUGUGCCAUUGCCCGCUAAUUGCACCCUCUUCAAAUGCGAGUUCUGUAAUGCAGAAUUUAUAAGGAAACGUGGCCUUACUGAGCAUAUACAACAGUUUCAUAAAGAUGAAGCACAUUUCAUGUGUGAACAUUGUGGCCGGACAUACAAGAUCCAAAACUGUCUUCAAAAGCAUAUUUAUAAUUGUCAUAAUAGUGAGCGCAAAUGGUCAUGCCUUUAUUGUGGACGGACAUUUAAAAAACAAGACCAUUUGAAAGUUCAUAUUCGUUUGCACACUCAUGAAAAACCAUUUGCAUGUCAUGUUUGUGACUAUAAAAGUACAACAAAAGGUAACCUAAAAGCACAUUUGAUGAGACGACAUUCCAUAGAUAUUGAUACUGUCGAACAUUUUAAAAUUAAUAAAAACAAAACAACUCCAAUUGAAAUCAGUCUAUAAAAGUUCUUUGUAACCCCCCUUGGCCAAACUUGGUGUUAGCUUUUAAUGUCUAAAUGAAUUUUCUUAGCACCCAUCUACAAACAAGGAACAAAUUUUUAAAUUUUCACUUUUCUAUAAAAAGUAAAUAAUUUUUGUAGCUGUUACAAAAAUAAUAUUAUAACCAUUGCUGGAUGAGGUUCCAAAUGAAUUAGCUACCGUAAGGAGGUUCAAGAAGCUGUUAUCUCAACAGGUGAUAUAGAAUUUCUUAACUCAUACAAAUGUAUGUAUGUAGCGUAUGUGCAUGCAUAUGUCUGUGCAUGCAUGUGUGUGCGUGUGUAUGCAUGUGUGUGUGUGUGUGUUGAAUAAAAGUGUAUAAAAUGAUAUCUUGCCUUUACAUAACAAUAUUUUCCAAAGAAAAAAUGUGAAAAUGUUUAUUAAUAAUUUUUGUUUUGAUUUGUAAAUGUUUGUGAAAAUACAAAAAUAAACAAUUUAUGAAAG